AUGUGUGGUAUAUGGGCCUUGUUUGGCAGUGAUGAGUGCCUGUCGGUUCAGUGCACCAGCGCUAUGAAGAUCGCCCACCGGGGCCCUGACGCCUUUCGCUUUGAGAACAUCAACGGCUUUACUAACUGUUGUUUCGGCUUCCAUCGCCUGGCUAUUGUAGACCAGCUGUAUGGCAUGCAGCCCAUCCGCAUCAAGAAGUUCCCCUACCUCUGGCUUGUCUACAACGGAGAAAUCUACAACCACCACACGCUGAAGGAGCAGUUUGAGUUUACUGACUACCAGACCAAAGUAGAUGGUGAGAUCCUGCUUCACCUGUAUGAGCGCUUCGGCAUUCAGAAGAUGGCGUCCCUAUUGGAUGGAGUGUUCGCCUUCGUCCUCAUGGACUCAGCCAAUAGGAAGGUUUUCCUGGGGAGGGAUACGUAUGGCGUGCGGCCCAUGUUCAAACUACUGACUGACGACGGCUUCCUGGCUGUGUGCUCUGAGGCAAAAGGUCUGACUCAUAUAACCCACUCAAUGUCCUCACCUCCUAAGAUCACUCCAUUCCUCCCAGGACACUUUGAGGUGUUUGACCUAAAGCCCACAGGGAAGGUAGAGUCUAUUCAGAUGGACCGCUUCCACUGCUGCACCCAGGAGCCCAACCACGCUGCCUAUGACACGGUAGAGAGGCUCCCCUCAGGUUUUGUCCCAGAGACAGUGAAGAGCAACAUCCGGUCUUUGUUUGAGAACGCUGUCCGGAAACGCCUCAUGGCCCACAGGAGGAUCGGCUGUCUUCUCUCAGGUGGUCUGGACUCCAGUCUGGUGGCAGCUACGCUGGUCAAACUGGCCAAAGAGGAGAAGUUGAAGUACCCCAUCCAGACCUUCGCUAUCGGGGCUGAAGACAGCCCAGACAUCCUGGCUGCUCGCAAGGUGGCGUCCUACAUCGGCAGUGAGCACCACGAGGUSAACUUCACCCCUGAGGAGGGUCUCAAAGCCGUGGAGGAGGUCAUCUUUCACCUGGAGACCUAUGACAUCACCACCGUACGCGCCUCUGUCGGCAUGUACCUAGUGUCAAAGUACAUCCGUGAGAAGACUGACAGCGUGGUGAUCUUCUCUGGGGAAGGCGCUGACGAGCUGACACAAGGAUACAUUUACUUCCACAAGGCUCCCACUCCCAAGGCAGCAGCAGAGGACAGUGUUCGUCUGUUGAAGGAGCUGUACCUGUUUGACGUGCUCAGAGCAGACCGCACCACCGCUGCACACGGUCUGGAGCUGAGAGUGCCUUUCCUGGACCACAGGUUCACAGCGUACUACCUCUCCCUGCCUGAGGAGAUGAGGCAACCUAAGGAUGGAGUGGAGAAGCACCUCCUCAGAGACUCGUUUAAAGGUCUGAACCUGAUCCCAGACGAGAUCCUGUGGCGGCGUAAAGAGGCCUUCAGUGACGGAAUGAUGUCUGUCAAGAAGUCCUGGUACAACAGCCUGCAGGACCAGAUGGAGUCUGAGGUGAACGACUUCCAGCUGGAGAAGUCUCCUAAGACGUUCCCGUUCCUCCCUCCCAGAACCAAAGAGGCGUACUUCUACCGCCAGGUGUUUGAGAAGCAUUACCCGGGCCAGGCCAAGUGGCUCAGCCACUACUGGAUGCCCCGCUGGAUCAAUGCUACAGACCCCUCAGCCAGAACCCUCUCCAUCUACAAGCCUGACAAAGACCAGUGAUACAGCAACAACAGUGGCUUUUAUCCAAUAUCCUCACUAGCGUAGCACUUAGAAUGAAGCAGUCUAUUGAGCAUGCAUGCAUUCUAAGUGGUAUGCUAGUAUGGAUAUUGGAACGUAGACCGUGWCAGCUGUCAAUCACUUCUGCCAUUAUUACUACACCUCAUCUUCACACCAUUACUACACCUCCCCUUCACACAUACCUAUCUGGAAACUGUCUGAUGCUAAAGUUGUGACUUUUAUGGAAUUUUGGGUAACGAUUAGGCUUACUUUUCAUGCAAAUGGCCACGGUUAUUGUCAUUUUUGUUCUAACGCUUCAUAAUGCAUCUUUAGAUACGACAUACCUAAUUAGCUACGACAAACCUAAUGAAUAGAACACAGCAUUGGUGACAUCCCUGUCUCAAAAACUAAUGGAUUUGACCUCUUGGAACUUUUGGAAAUGAAGCUUCUCCCAACCGUGCCGUUCRGCUCAUAAAAUGAUUACCAACUUUACCCACUUCAUGUAAAACUGCUAUUGGGUAAAUUAUUUCUACUUGAAUAUAAAGUCGAAUCCCCCUUUUCCUAAAA